AUGGCCCACUCCUCGCAAGGAAUCUACUCGCCUUUGCCCCAAUCGAUAAGCGACUCCGACUCGGAGGAGCUCCACAUGGACGCUGUGUGUCCAAACUACGCAAGCAAAACCGUACAAAACGGCAAUAGCUUCGACCACAAGCGCAAAUUCGCCAACAAUUCGGCAAACUUCAUCCAACUCGGUGAUGACUUGCUCCACAUUAAACGCGGAACUCCCAGAAUGUCCACGCUGCGCAAAGCGGCGUUCAUCCUAUCCAUAAUUCUCUGCUUGUUGCCCAUCAUCGUAUUUCUCUUCUUCAUCCCCUGUUCCGUCUCCCACACCUGUCCCAUCAGAACCACCAACUGGGAGAACAAGCAAGAGGAUGUGGAGCUAAAAGGCGCGAUCAACCUUGUGCAAGGCAUAAACCAGAACCACCUGAAUCUUGCGAUUUUGUUCCAAGGCGACAUUCGCUCCCCGAAGAUACUUAAAAACGGGGCGAUUUCCUUCCUGGGGAACAGCGGAAGCGUGGCUUGGUAUUUUUGACAGGAGGUUGUUCCAAUCAAGCUGGACUGCUCUUUGAUCGAUGUUGACGAUAACGGAAUCAAUGACUGCCUGCUUCUUGACGAGAGAGGUCUGAAAGCCAUUGAGACGAUUUCGGGGCAAGGGAUUUGGCACGCGCACAGUCACGAAGAACGGACAACAAUCAACCACUUGGAUUUUCCGGUCAAAUUGCCCGAUUACAACUACGAUAACGUGAACGAACUCAUCGCGAUUUACAAACGGACGAGUCUCAUGAUUUUUUGCGGCCGCUCGGGCAAAGCCCUCAACAACAUCCCGAUUGAUAAUUGCAAUGAAAUUAAUAAUUUACACAGUAGGGACAAUGUCCUAGUUUUUGGCUGCGUGCGCUCGGACUUCACCGGUAAUAUGAAAAUAACUCUCAAUGAUGUGCAAAAACGAUACGGUAACACAUCCUAUGUGAUUUUGCCAAUCAAAGACGAUUUUACGGACGACGACCGCAACAGUUUCAUAGUCGGAAAUCGCAAAUUACUGGUCAAUAACGUCGGCAUUUGCCCGAAUUGUCGCGCAAGCAUCGAACUAAUCGACCUAAACACGCGCAAAAAGCAGACGUGGUAUUACAACAACGCGUCGGUUUUGAGCCCCAAGCUGUUCCAUUUUCGGGCGACCAAGUCCAAUUUGCAGUUGUUUAAGGGACAUAUAACUGGGUUUAUUUUGAAAAUCUGGCAGUGGGUGGAGACGAAUAUUCCCGACCGGAAGUUGAUGCGGUCGGAGUCGAAACGACACGCUUAUUACAAUUCGAAAAAUGCCUCUUUUGUCACGAACACGGUAACCGAAAGGGUGGUCUUGAUUACGUUCAAUGAGAGUAACGUUCAUGUGAUUAAUGCCAGUUUGGUCGAGGUGACCCAGUUGUGUGUGCCGUUUUACGACGAUUAUAUUUGUCAGCCUGACUUGCACGGUCAGGAGAAUUCGGUUCUGGUUGGGGAUUUGGACCAAGACGGGAGUCAGGAAUUGAUUAGCUAUUCGAGUAGUUUUGUUAAGAGAGAGGAUGUACAGGACUGGAUGCUUAUUUCGAAUAUCACGGUGAUUCGGCUAGAGGCCGAGUUGCCCAAAUUGUACGAAGAGAAAUAAUGCUCUUACUAUUUUGCUAACCUUUUAAACCAGCUGAUUAAUCUCAACACCAAACGUUUCCUUCUUGUAUUUAACACUGGAGGUGUAUAGCAGCGUACUUGUCACGUUUUACUGUUAUCAUUGUGAGACCAUUUACUUGUACUUGUCUUUGAGAAACUUUUAUUAAUGUAACUAAUUUAUGUGCCUGUUGACACCGUUUAUCAUUAUAAAUGAAUUUCUCCGUUAAAAAAAUAUUUUUGUUAGUGUGUGUACAUAAAGCAACAAAAUCA